AUGACUUCACUAUCGAUACUAUCGACGACUGCACCCUUGCGGGUUGCUACACGACCACAGACCUACCUCUUCCUGGCUGUACGCACAUACUCCGGGGUUGCUGCCACGACACUCAACUCGUCCUGUCUUGCCAAACAACGCCCUUCACCAUUGACCUACACCUCAAAGCGUCUGAUUUCGUCAACACCCAAACCCCAGAUCAAGGAAUUCUUCCCACCUCCAGAAAACCCCGCAGUGAAAGAUGUGGCCUCGGCAUGGUCGCAUCCGAUCUACACCGAUGCGCAGAUGCAAAGCGUGAGAAUCGCACACCGCGAAGCCACCGAUUGGUCCGAUUGGGUUGCCCUGGGCACCGUUCGCUUCUUCCGAUGGGGCAUGGACUUGGUGACGGGGUACAAACACCCACAGCCGGGGCAGGAGAUAUCGAAGUUUAAGAUGACAGAGCAGAAGUGGCUGACCCGCUUCAUCUUCCUGGAGAGUGUGGCGGGCGUACCCGGGAUGGUUGGUGGAAUGCUGAGACAUCUCAGAAGCUUGCGACGCAUGAAGCGUGAUAAUGGCUGGAUCGAGACUCUCCUCGAAGAAGCAUUCAACGAGCGAAUGCAUCUACUGACCUUCCUCAAACUGGCCGAGCCCGGCUGGUUCAUGCGCCUGAUGGUGCUCGGUGCUCAGGGCGUGUUCUUCAACGGGUUCUUCCUGUCCUAUCUCAUUUCUCCACGGAUCUGCCACCGCUUUGUGGGUUACCUGGAAGAAGAAGCUGUUUUGACAUACACACGGGCCAUCAAAGAACUCGAAGAUGGCCAUCUGCCUGAGUGGAAUGAGCUCAAAGCACCGGAGAUCGCAGUGAAUUACUGGAAGAUGCCUGAGAACCAGCGCACAAUGCGGGACUUGCUGCUCUAUAUCCGCGCCGACGAGGCCAAGCACCGCGAGGUCAACCAUACGCUGUCAAAUCUGGAUCAAGCGGUUGACCCCAAUCCCUAUCAGACAGAGUAUCAGGAUCCUACCAAGGACCAUCCGACAAAGGGAAUUGAUAAUUUAAAGGCGACGGGCUGGGACCGGAAGGACAUCUUUUAG